AUGUCGCUGCCGCCGUACCUAUUGGGGCCCAACCCAUGGGCUACCAUGAUGGCGCAGCAACAGUUGGCGGCGGCGCAGCAAGCGGCUUUGCAAGCUCAUGCCGCCGCCGCCGCUGCAGCGCCCCCUGUGCCGCCGGCGCAGCCUCCAAAACCUCAUCACAUUCCGGAGGAGAAGAUCAAAGAAAAAGCUCAAAAAUGGCUACAACUGCAGUCAAAGCGUUUUGCCGAAAAACGAAAAUUCGGUUUUGUAGAUGCUCAGAAAGAAGAUAUGCCACCUGAGCACAUUAGGAAGAUUAUUAGGGACCAUGGAGACAUGACCAGUCGUAAAUAUCGACAUGAUAAACGAGUGUAUCUUGGUGCCUUGAAGUACAUGCCUCAUGCUGUCAUGAAACUCUUGGAGAACAUGCCUAUGCCAUGGGAACAGAUCAGAGAUGUCAAAGUCUUGUACCACAUUACUGGAGCUAUUACAUUCGUGAAUGAAAUCCCUUGGGUCAUAGAACCAGUAUACAUUGCUCAGUGGGGCACCAUGUGGAUUAUGAUGCGUAGAGAGAAACGCGAUCGACGACACUUCAAACGUAUGAGGUUCCCGCCAUUUGAUGAUGAAGAACCUCCAUUAGACUAUGCCGAUAAUAUUCUAGAUGUCGAGCCUUUAGAACCUAUUCAGAUUGAAUUAGACCCUGAAGAAGAUGGAGCAGUUGCAUCCUGGUUUUAUGACCAUAAACCACUGUUAGGAACAAGGCAUGUUAACGGAUCAACAUACAGAAAGUGGAAUUUGUCUCUUCCACAAAUGGCUACUUUAUACAGACUUGCCAAUCAAUUGUUGACAGAUUUGGUGGAUGAUAAUUAUUUUUAUCUUUUCGAUUCAAAGAGUUUUUUCACAGCCAAAGCCUUGAACAUGGCUAUACCUGGUGGACCAAAGUUUGAGCCUCUGGUAAAAGACAAUUCAGCAGGUGAUGAAGAUUGGAAUGAGUUCAAUGACAUCAACAAAAUUAUUAUCAGGCAGCCCAUCAGAACUGAAUACAGGAUUGCUUUUCCAUACUUAUACAAUAAUCUGCCUCAUUUUGUGCAGUUGUCUUGGUAUCACACACCAAAUGUGGUAUACAUCAAAACUGAAGAUCCAGAUCUACCAGCCUUCUACUUUGAUCCUCUUAUCAACCCAAUCUCUCACAGACAUUCCGUAAAGUCCUUAGAUCCUGUGCCUGAAGAAGAAGACUUUCUACUUCCUGAGGAAGUGUCACCAUUUUUACAAGAAACAGCUUUGUAUACUGACAAUACUGCUAAUGGCAUAGCUCUAUUGUGGGCUCCAAGGCCAUUUAAUAUGAGAUCAGGACGAACCCGUCGUGCUAUUGAUGUGCCCCUGGUAAAGACCUGGUACAAAGAACAUUGCCCACCUGGACAGCCCGUCAAAGUUCGCGUGUCCUACCAGAAGUUACUGAAAUACUAUGUGCUGAAUGCUUUGAAGCAUAGACCUCCCAAACCACAAAAGAAGAGAUACCUCUUCCGCUCAUUUAAAUCGACCAAAUUCUUCCAAACUACUACCCUGGAUUGGGUAGAAGCUGGUCUCCAAGUGUGCAGACAAGGGUACAAUAUGCUGAACCUACUCAUUCAUAGAAAGAAUCUGAAUUAUCUACAUUUGGAUUACAAUUUCAACUUAAAGCCUGUGAAAACUCUUACCACUAAGGAGAGAAAGAAAUCGAGAUUCGGAAAUGCAUUCCAUUUAUGUCGUGAAAUUCUUCGCUUGACCAAAUUAAUUGUGGACUCUCAUGUGCAAUAUCGUCUAAACAAUGUGGAUUCCUUCCAACUGGCUGAUGGUUUACAAUAUAUAUUUGCUCAUGUUGGUCAAUUAACUGGCAUGUACCGAUAUAAGUACAAACUGAUGCGGCAGAUAAGAAUGUGCAAGGAUUUGAAGCAUUUGAUCUACUACAGAUUCAAUACGGGUCCGGUGUCCAAAGGACCCGGGUGUGGAUUCUGGGCUCCUGGCUGGCGAGUGUGGCUGUUCUUCAUGCGCGGUAUCACACCUCUGCUGGAGCGAUGGCUGGGUAACCUGCUGUCUAGGCAGUUUGAGGGAAGGCACUCGAAAGGUGUAGCCAAGACAGUGACAAAGCAGCGUGUUGAGUCACAUUUCGACUUGGAGCUCCGAGCGUCCGUAAUGCACGACAUUGUGGACAUGAUGCCCGAAGGUAUCAAGCAGAACAAAGCCAGAACUAUCUUGCAGCAUCUAUCCGAAGCGUGGCGGUGUUGGAAAGCUAAUAUACCGUGGAAGGUCCCGGGACUGCCAACACCUAUAGAGAACAUGAUUCUCCGCUACGUGAAAAUGAAGGCAGACUGGUGGACUAACACCGCUCACUACAACAGGGAACGUAUACGUCGUGGCGCGACUGUGGACAAAACUGUAUGCAAGAAGAAUCUAGGAAGACUGACUAGAUUAUACUUGAAGGCCGAGCAGGAGAGACAGCAUAACUAUCUAAAGGAUGGUCCAUACAUUUCACCUGAAGAAGCCGUAGCAAUCUACACAACAACAGUCCAUUGGCUGGAGUCCCGGCGCUUUGCCCCCAUUCCUUUCCCGCCUCUUUCAUAUAAGCACGACACAAAACUUCUCAUAUUGGCUUUAGAACGACUGAAAGAAGCAUACAGUGUAAAAUCCAGAUUGAACCAAAGUCAAAGAGAGGAACUUGGUCUGAUAGAACAGGCAUAUGAUAAUCCUCAUGAAGCAUUGUCAAGAAUCAAGCGUCAUUUGCUAACACAGAGAACCUUUAGAGAGGUCGGAAUAGAAUUUAUGGACCUCUACUCCCACUUAGUCCCAGUGUACGACGUGGAGCCUCUAGAGAAGAUAACUGAUGCAUACCUCGACCAAUACCUCUGGUAUGAGGCAGACAAACGACGCUUGCUUCCUCCAUGGGUAAAACCGGCUGAUACCGAGCCCUCUCCGUUACUUGUGUAUAAGUGGUGUCAAGGUAUCAACAAUCUACAAGAUGUAUGGGAGGUUGGUGAAGGCGAAUGCAACGUGCUAUUAGAGUCCCGCUUCGAAAAGCUAUACGAAAAAAUCGAUUUGACCCUCCUCAAUCGUCUGCUACGUUUGAUUGUCGACCACAAUAUUGCCGAUUACAUGACGGCUAAGAAUAACGUCGUUAUUAAUUACAAAGACAUGAAUCACACAAACUCCUAUGGAAUUAUUCGAGGUCUUCAAUUCGCGUCGUUCAUAGUUCAAUACUAUGGCCUCGUCCUGGAUUUACUUGUCCUCGGCCUUCAAAGGGCCAGUGAAAUGGCAGGGCCUCCUCAGUUGCCGAACGAUUUCCUUUCAUAUCAGGACCGAGCCGCUGAGGGUGCUCACCCCAUCAGGCUGUAUUGCCGUUAUAUUGACAGGAUCCAUAUAUUCUUCAGGUUUACAGCAGAAGAGGCCAGAGACUUGAUUCAAAGAUACCUAACAGAGCACCCAGAUCCAAAUAAUGAAAAUAUUGUUGGUUACAAUAAUAAAAAAUGCUGGCCACGAGAUGCAAGGAUGAGAUUAAUGAAGCAUGAUGUUAAUUUGGGCCGUGCUGUAUUCUGGGAUAUAAAGAAUCGUCUACCGCGCUCAGUAACUACUAUUCAAUGGGAGAACAGCUUUGUAUCGGUCUACUCUAAAGACAACCCGAACUUAUUAUUUAAUAUGGCCGGAUUUGAAUGCAGGAUACUGCCUAAAUGCCGAAGUCAACAUGAAGAACUAUCCCAUCGUGACGGAGUUUGGAAUCUCCAGAACGAAGUAACUAAAGAGCGCACAGCUCAAUGCUACUUGCGCGUGGACGACGAGUCCCUGGCUCGCUUCCACAACCGUGUAAGACAGAUCCUCAUGGCGUCCGGGUCUACUACAUUUACCAAGAUUGUUAAUAAAUGGAAUACUGCACUAAUUGGUCUUAUGACGUACUUCCGUGAAGCAGUUGUCAAUACACAGGAACUGCUAGAUCUUCUCGUGAAGUGCGAGAACAAAAUCCAAACUCGUAUCAAGAUCGGCUUGAACUCUAAAAUGCCUUCCCGUUUCCCGCCCGUCGUGUUCUAUACACCGAAAGAGUUGGGCGGAUUGGGAAUGUUGUCUAUGGGACACGUGUUAAUUCCACAGUCCGAUCUGCGCUGGUCGAAACAAACGGAUGUUGGUAUCACUCACUUCAGAUCAGGAAUGUCGCACGACGAAGACCAGCUAAUCCCCAACUUGUACCGCUACAUCCAACCCUGGGAAGCUGAGUUUGUGGACUCGCAAAGAGUAUGGGCUGAGUAUGCCUUGAAGAGACAGGAGGCUAAUGCUCAAAAUAGGCGCUUAACCUUAGAAGACUUGGAAGAUUCGUGGGACAGAGGUAUUCCGAGAAUCAACACGUUGUUCCAAAAAGAUAGACACACGUUGGCCUACGACAAAGGAUGGCGUAUACGCACUGAGUUUAAGCAAUACCAGGUACUAAAGCAAAAUCCAUUCUGGUGGACUCAUCAACGUCAUGACGGUAAACUAUGGAAUCUUAAUAACUAUCGUACAGACAUGAUUCAAGCUCUUGGUGGUGUGGAGGGUAUCUUGGAACAUACACUCUUCAAAGGCACAUAUUUCCCCACAUGGGAGGGUCUGUUUUGGGAGAAGGCGUCGGGUUUCGAAGAGUCUAUGAAAUAUAAGAAAUUGACAAACGCGCAACGAUCUGGUUUGAAUCAAAUCCCCAAUCGUCGUUUCACAUUGUGGUGGUCGCCUACUAUCAACCGAGCUAACGUAUACGUCGGUUUCCAGGUGCAACUGGACUUAACGGGUAUAUUCAUGCACGGCAAAAUCCCAACACUGAAGAUUUCGCUCAUUCAAAUCUUCAGAGCUCACUUGUGGCAGAAGGUCCACGAGUCUAUUGUGAUGGACUUGUGUCAAGUAUUCGAUCAGGAACUGGACGCCCUCGAGAUAGAAACAGUACAAAAGGAAACUAUCCAUCCACGCAAAUCGUAUAAGAUGAACUCGUCUUGCGCCGACAUUUUACUGUUUUCGGCCUAUAAGUGGAAUGUUUCUCGCCCGUCUCUCCUUGCUGAUACAAAGGACACUAUGGACAAUACAACGACACAAAAGUACUGGCUCGAUAUACAACUGAGAUGGGGCGACUACGACUCGCACGACGUGGAGAGAUACGCGCGAGCCAAGUUCCUCGACUACACAACUGAUAAUAUGUCAAUAUACCCCUCGCCUACGGGCUUGCUUAUUGCUAUUGAUUUGGCAUACAAUCUGCACAGUGCAUAUGGUAACUGGUUCCCCGGUUGCAAACCACUCAUCCAACAAGCUAUGGCCAAGAUAAUGAAAGCGAAUCCAGCUCUAUACGUGUUACGUGAACGCAUCCGCAAAGCCCUACAGCUGUACUCGUCUGAGCCCACUGAGCCGUACCUAUCCAGCCAGAACUAUGGAGAACUGUUCUCUAACCAGAUUAUUUGGUUCGUAGACGACACAAACGUGUAUCGUGUAACAAUCCACAAGACGUUCGAGGGUAACUUGACCACAAAGCCUAUCAACGGCGCCAUCUUUAUUUUCAAUCCCCGCACAGGCCAACUCUUCCUCAAGAUCAUUCACACUAGCGUUUGGGCGGGACAGAAACGUCUCGGACAGCUCGCAAAAUGGAAGACUGCAGAAGAAGUAGCGGCGCUCAUUCGCUCACUGCCAGUAGAAGAACAGCCGAAACAAAUCAUUGUCACCAGGAAAGGAAUGUUGGACCCCCUUGAGGUCCACUUGCUAGAUUUCCCAAAUAUUGUAAUCAAGGGUUCGGAAUUACAACUACCAUUCCAAGCCUGUCUCAAAGUGGAGAAGUUUGGUGAUCUAAUCCUCAAGGCCACUGAACCUCAGAUGGUGCUGUUCAAUUUGUAUGACGACUGGUUGAAAACUAUAUCUUCAUAUACAGCAUUCAGUAGACUGAUCCUCAUAUUGCGCGCCCUUCACGUAAACACCGAAAGGACAAAGGUUCUCCUAAAACCAGAUAAAACAACACUAACAGAGCCUCAUCAUAUCUGGCCCACUCUCUCUGAUGAUGACUGGAUCAAGGUUGAAGUUCAACUCAAAGAUCUCAUAUUGGCUGAUUACGGCAAGAAGAACAAUGUGAACGUAGCGUCCUUGACUCAAUCCGAGAUCCGAGACAUCAUCCUCGGUAUGGAAAUAUCCGCGCCGUCAGCUCAAAGGCAACAGAUCGCUGAGAUCGAGAAGCAGAGCAAGGAACAGAGUCAACUAACGGCUACCACCACUCGCACCGUGAAUAAGCAUGGUGAUGAAAUCAUCACAUCUACUACAAGCAACUAUGAGUCGCAGACGUUUAGUUCUAAGACCGAAUGGCGGGUUCGUGCUAUUUCUGCGACCAACCUUCAUCUGCGUACGAACCACAUUUACGUCAGCUCUGACGACAUUAAAGAGAGUGGCUACACAUACAUUCUGCCCAAGAACCUGCUCAAGAAAUUUGUCACAAUUUCUGACCUGAGAGCACAGAUUGCGUGCUACCUCUACGGCACAUCACCACCGGACAACCCGCAAGUGCGUGAAGUGCACUGCGCAGUACUACCGCCACAGUGGGGCACUCACCAAGCCGUGCAUUUACCAAGGCAACUGCCCAAACACCCGGCUUUAGCUCAUCUACAGCCGCUUGGAUGGAUGCACACUCAGCCUAAUGAGCUACCACAAUUAUCUCCACAGGAUAUAACAACACACGCAAAAAUAAUGGCUGAAAACCCAACAUGGGAUGGAGAGAAAACUAUUGUCAUUACCUGUUCCUUCACUCCCGGUUCCUGUUCUCUCACUGCAUACAAACUAACACCUAGUGGAUAUGAAUGGGGCGCGAAAAAUACAGACAGAGGGAAUAAUCCCAAGGGAUACCUCCCAAGCCAUUAUGAGAGGGUACAGAUGCUGCUGUCUGAUAGGUUCUUGGGUUACUUCAUGGUACCGUCUCAAGGAAGCUGGAAUUACAACUUUAUGGGUGUUCGUCACGAUCCAAACAUGAAGUAUGGCGUACAACUAGGCAAUCCACGCGAGUUCUACCACGAAGUUCACAGACCAGCUCACUUCAUGAACUUCGCCGCAAUGGAAGACGCCACCGCGCCAACCCUAGCCGCAGAUCGGGAAGAUCACUUUGCU